AUGGACCGUAAAAGGAAGCGACAGGAACGAGUAGAGUUCUGGACGGCCGCAAAAUGCCAACGACUUCUAAGACCAAUUGCUUCCAGGAUCGCUCCAUUGAGAAGACACCAGUACACCUUGAAUUCCGAAUUAUCUCGAGACGUUCUGGAAGAAUCCAUAUCGGUAGUCAAGACACAAAAUCAAUCCGGAGAAAAAGUUGCUCGCACCAACAUCAAUACUGAAUCUUCAGAUCCUACUUGGCUACCUUCGGACCACGGCACCAAGUGCCAGCUGAAGAAGUACUCAGUCCGGCAUCGCAACUCUAAGCCACCAUCUGGUCAGACAAAUAGUCCUCAAGCAUGUUUGGUAUCAUUACCAACUCCAUUCAAAGCACGUGCGUUGAGAAGAGGGACACCCAUCAAGCAUGAAAUUUUGAGUCUGGAAACCUCGAACAGUCCAUGUGCUUCGAGAGCUCUGCCUGUGGCAAGAAAAUCUAGCCGUCAACGGCAGGAUCCGUUCACUCGGGCACCGAUCGCAAAACAGAGUAUUGAACUGCAAGGCAGACAGAACUACGAGAGAACUUUCGAGCUACACCAAGGAGUCACUGAUGGUUUCUCAUUGCUGUUACAAAGAACCAACUCUACAGACCGUCAAGAGCCGGCACGGAAAGGGGUCUCAUCGCUCCUGAGUAUGUGCCUACGGAGAGUUCCAGACUACAUCCGAGCAGAAGAAAAUUGGCGUAAAAGUGUUGAUGAAGAUGAUGAUACAGACGUCUCUGCUGAGGUCUACGAAGAGCUGGAGGAUCUCGGCUCGGUUACUGGACACGGAUGGUCAGGUCUACGCGAAGUGGUAAUUGCACACGGCGUGAGUCUUGUCCAUGAGAUCAUCAGGGACAAACUUGUAGCAACAGAGACCAGGGCAGAACUUGCGAGGAUGCCUGCCAAACAUGGUCUUCAUAAGGUAUCAGAAGACCUCCUUCUUGCAUAUGCCCGAUCUUUGCCGAUGAAACGCCCUCUUGGUGUGAAUUCUCGUCUAUUUGAUGGGUGUCUAUUGAGCUUGACGUCCAUGCAGCCAGCCAGUGCUGACAACGAGACAUUCAUUCGCCUCCUCGGUGCGCUGUUUUCGUCUGGUCGUCUGAAGCUGUCGUGGUUGGCAACUCACGACAUGGUCACUCUGUCGAGUGGCAUGAUCAGAGCACUCGCUUCACAAUCUGGAGACAUCAACCACAUCUUGCAGUUUCUUCAACGUCGCAUUUCUCAAGUCUCGGAGAAAGAGUUGAUUCAAGAACAUGCUGCGCGACAAGGACCAGAGGGCAAAUUUGAUAACUGGCUGAAAUUGGAAAAGUCACUCACCAAUACAAUAGUCAGCAUUAUUACUGUGCUCACAGCAAUCGUCUUGAUAGAGCGCACCACAAACGAUCGGAAUGACAGCUCAAGGAGAUGCACUGCUGCAGAAUCGCUCCUCACGCGUCUCUCGGUAAUCGUACUUACAAAACUCGAUGAGCUCAGAUCCAGCACGAAAAGCUCAAGUCAUCAACAGCGGACAGUCUGUUUCACUCUUCUUGCAAGCAGCCUCAUACUGGGUGUCAAAUAUGACCAGAAUAGCCAUACAACGACACUUCUUGGGCAGGAGGAAAUCUUGCAAGGCAUGGUUGCCGUACACGGAAGCAAUGGCUCAAAUCGCACCCAAUCGAUGGUUGAGCGUGCUGCUUCAUUCCUUGUCGAUCUAUCUCGAUGCUGCGGACAGAGCCUUCACUCGGACAGUCAAUCCUAUCUAGAAAAUCUCGUCCGAUUGAUCCUGGAAGACGGUCAACACGAAUCAGACAUGACAAAUUCAUUCUUAAAACAAUGGGCAUUAGAGAGCUCGUUGCUCUCUGCCAAAAUAUCUGCCACACAAAGGAGCCGGAACUUCUUGAAUGACGUCGAGGUUGCCAUGUCACAACCGGGGCCUUUGAGUACCCAGAGCACAACCUUCGGCUCGCGUCAUAUUGAUGCUACCGUUGCGGAACAGGGGUUGCGAUGGGAAGAAGGCCUGUGCGAAUGGAUUGUCGCAUCGCCAGUACGCACGAGGAAGGCCGGACGGGUCCCUGUCAUGGCGAACAGGGGCCGAUCAGGAUCUGUCUCCGAUCAAGACAGUGAUCUAGACGACAGUGGCUAUCUCAGUGACAACAAGGAAACACCGAAAAUUCAUCGUAAGGCGGUCAAUAUCUCAAAUCUGUUGGCGUCACCGGAUGUGCUAGGUUUCGAUUCGCAGACGCCAUCAUGCUCAAGAACCAUUCUCCAGGCACACGAAGCGACAACACAGUCAAAUGAUAUACCCAUGAUCAGGAAGUUGCCAUGGCCUCCGGCUCCUCAGGGUAGAACGUCAAGCGCAGCUCGAAUUGUUGCCGAACCUUCAGAGACUCAUCAGUCUGUUUUGCCCGAGAACAGAUUUGACAUAGCGCAAAGACCGGCAAAGAAGAGAAAAUGUCAGACACUGGAGGAACGGGAACCAAGUAUGUCUUCGCUGGCUUCGAAAACAACUCGUCAACCAUCCCAAGCUUCGGACCAGGUUUACACUGAGGAGGAGAGAUCCGAUUCGUCCGAAAGUGAGAUGGACGAACUGGCAAUGGGUUGCUCCAAGCCAAGUCACAGGACAUCUGUUGCGAGGAAAGUGGUGCCACCAAAGUCUUUUAGUAAGAGCUUACUUCCAACAAAACGAGCCAGCGACAAGUUUGUAGAUAUCAGCGAUGACGAGCUGGGCUUUUGA